AUGAAUAUGACUGAUGUUGCACAACAGUCAGAGGCGUCAGCAUUCAGCGCAUGGCAACAUGGUGGUAUUAACAGCGAGAGCAACGCUGUGACACCACACAUGAACAACAAUGGUAAUAGUAAUAUGAUUACGACAGCUGCUGCUGGUGAACCGUGCAGUUUUGUUGAUCUUCAAAUAGUUGUGUUUGCGUACCUGCUUAUUGCGCUGCACAUACGCCUGACAAUGAGCAACAUAUUGGCUUUAUCGAAUUUAUCAGUGACGCCACCCUCGCGUAAUUUUCUAUCCAUCUUCUCCUACUUCAGUGAUAUUGAGUUGGAGAUUUUAUAG